GUUUUUGUUAUUUUUUUUUAAUUAAAACGGAAAGGUGCUCGGACGCGUCAAUGCAGAGAUACCGAACUGAAGCCAUCGGACGGGCAUCGUGUUUUUCUCCGUGUGCGUGGUGCGCGCAGAUUAAACAACAAACAAAUUAUCUGGCUAUACGAGAGUCGUAGGCUCGAUCCAGGAAAUCCAAAAAAAAUCCAACGGAUUCCAUCUAUUUUUGUGAAAAAAAAUAAAAUAGAGGAUCAUCCGCUGUAAACAAGUGCAAUAUUUGAAUUAAGUGAUAGAAAGUGCUGCAAAAAAAAACAACAUCUUAAAAUUAUAUAUAAUAUAUAUAUAUAUAUUUUUAAAUAAAAUCGAUGAUCAUGUUUUAAAAAAAAAACAAAAAAAAAAUACAACCUUCGACGCACGAACCAUCAACGAGUUAUUACUGUACUUCGGUGGUACAAGAAGAACAAGAACCAGGAGGAGAAGAAGAGGAUAGAAACAUGGCCUGCGCCAGGCAGCAACAACAACAACAACAACAACACAUGCAACAGCAAAACAACAAUCGACAAUUACAGUUGCAGCAAAAACAACAAAAACAAACACACGGACGCAAGAGGCGGCGACAAUGGGCGUGGCAGUGGCCAUGGCAGCAACAAUUACAAAAAUACAGUCUGCUUGUUGUUGUUGCCAUUUUGACAAUAUUCUCGCCACAGCUUGGCAACGCCGCCGAUCUGGUGAUCAACUUCCCCAAUGUGAGCAGCAAUGACAACGCCUUCUACAGGAUCGACUACAGUCCCCCGUUUGGCUUCCCGGAGCCCAACACCACCAUCCCGGCCAGCGAGAUUGGCAAGCAUGUCCAGUUCUCCCGCGCCCUGCCCGGCACGGAGUACAACUUCUGGCUGUACUACACGAACUCCACCCACCACGACCUCCUCAGCCACACAGUGAACAUAACCACAGCACCUGAUCCACCGGCCAAUCUGAGCGUCCAGCUGCGGUCCAGCAAGAGUGCCUUCAUUACGUGGCGACCGCCGGGAAAGGGUCGGUAUUCGGGCUUUCGGAUCCGAGUCCUCGGACUGACGGACAAGCCCUUCGAGAAGAACUACUCGAUGGAGAGCAACGAGACGUUGCAACUGUCUGCGAAGGAGCUGACACCCGGUGGCAGCUACCAGGUGCAGGCCUACUCCGUCUACCAGGGCAAGGAGUCGGUGGCGUACACCAGCCGCAACUUCACCACAAAACCCAACACGCCCGGCAAGUUCAUUGUGUGGUUCCGGAACGAGACGACGCUCCUGGUGCUGUGGCAGCCCCCCUAUCCGGCCGGUAUCUACACCCACUACAAGGUGUCCAUCACCCCGGACGACGCUAUCCAGAGUGUGCUGUACGUGGAGCGGGAGGGUGAGCCACCGGGACCGGCACAGGCUGCGUUCAAGGGUCUGGUGCCCGGGCGGGAGUACAACAUCUCCGUCCAGACGGUGUCCGAGGAUGAGACCUCGUCGGUGCCGACCACUGCCCGGUAUUUGACCGUACCGGAGCGCGUCCUCAACGUCACCUUCGAUGCGAAUCACACGACGAGCAGCUCUUUCCGGGUGCGAUGGGAUCCGCCGCGCACCUUCAGUGAGUUCGACGGCUACCAGGUGUCCCUGGUCACCUCGCGCAGGAUCUACAAUGUGCCGCGCUCGGAGACCCCCGACUCGGUGUACUUUGACUAUCCGGACGUCCUGGAACCGGGCGCCACCUACGAGGUGGUGGUGAAGACGAUAGCGGACAACGUGAACUCCUGGCCAGUCUCCGGCCAUGUAACCCUGAGACCUCGUCCUGUCCAGAGCCUGAGCGGCUACCUGGACGAUCGGAGGAAUGCGCUGCACAUCUCCUGGGGGCGACCCAACAAGGGAUUUCAGGACAGCUUCCGAAUCAGCUACCAUGAGGUGGGCAACUCCUCCUCGGCAUAUCCCCCCCUCGAGACCAACAAGACGGAGUGCAUUCUGGAGCCCCUGCUCGCCGGCCGGCAGUACGCCAUCUCAGUGGUGUCCCUCUCCCGUGGCAUGACCUCCAACGUCAGCCAGAUCAUCCGCUACACCCGCCCAGCGGCUCCAGUCAUCCAGGAGCUGCGCAGCAUCGAUCAGGGCCUGGUGGUCAGCUGGAGCAGCGAUGUGAACUCGCACCAGGAUCGGUACGAGGUGCACUACCAGCGGAAUGGCACCAAGGAGGAGCGCACCAUCGCCACCAACGAGACGACGGUGACCAUCAACUACCUGCAUCCGGGCGCCAGCUACGAGGUCAAGGUCCACGCCAUCAGUCAUGGCACCCGCAGCGAGCUGCACUCCUACUUCCAGGCAGUCUUUCCCAGGCCACCGAGAAACCUCACACUCCAGACGGUGCACACCAAUCUGGUGGUGCUCCACUGGCUGCCGCCGGAGGGCAGUGACUUCAGCGAGUAUGUGGUCCGCUACCGGACGGAUGCCUCGCCCUGGCAACGGAUAUCCGGCCUGCACGACAACGAGGCCAGGAUCGAGGACAUGCAUUAUGGGGAGCGGUAUCUCAUCCAGGUGAACACCGUCAGUUUCGGUGUGGAGAGUCCCCAGCCCCUGGAGCUGAAUGUAACGAUGCCGCCACAACCGGUCUCCAAUGUUGUGCCGCUGGUGGACUCGCAUAAUCUCACCCUGGAGUGGCCGCAGCCCGACGGCCAUGUCGACUUCUAUACGCUCAAGUGGUGGCCCACGGAUGAGCCCAACAACUGGGAGGUGAAGAACGUCAGCCAUCUGGAGCAGAAGGAUGGUAAGGUCAUCUCUACCAGGUCCUAUCCACCAAAUACUCAUCCCCUCCUUCCAGCCACAGCUUCUCCGAACAUCCGAGUGCCCAUCGAGGACCUGUCGCCAGGCCGGCAGUAUCGCUUCGAAGUCCAGGCCAGUUCGAACAACAUCCGCUCUGGGAUCACCCAUCUCUCCACGCGCACCAUGCCCCUGAUCCAGUCGGACGUGUUCAUCGCCAAUGCCGGGCAGGAGCAGGGCCAGGACGAGACCGUUACCCUCAGCUAUACACCCACGCCGGCGGACAGCACACGCUUCGACAUAUACCGCUUCUCCAUGGGCGAUCCCAAGAUCAAGGACAAGGAGAAGCUGGCCAACGACACGGAGCGCAAGCUGAGCUUCACGGGCCUCACUCCCGGACAGCUCUACAACGUGACGGUGUGGACGGUGAGCGGCGGCGUGGCCAGCCUGCCAGUCCAGCGACUGUAUCGCCUCCAUCCGCGGCCCAUCAGCGACCUGAAAGCCAAUCAGGUGGCGGCGCGCGAGAUCACCCUGCAGUGGACAGCACCCGUCGGGGAGUACACCGACUUCGAGGUGCAGUACCUGAGCGCCGACGAGCAGGCGCCGCAGCUGCUGCAGAAUGUCACCCGGAAGCCGGAGAUCACGCUCCAGGGACUCCGGCCCUAUCACAACUACACCUUCACGGUGGUGGUGCGGGCUGGGUCCACCUCCGCGCCGGACGGCGGCGAUGCGGAUCCCGCCGGCAGCACUCUGAUGCGCAGCAGUGCCCCCAUCUCGGCCAGCUACCAGACCCUGCCCGCUCCGCCCGGCAAGGUGGAGUACUUCCAGCCGAGCGACGUGCAGCCGGGCGAGGUGACCUUCGAGUGGCUGCUGGAGCCGGGCGAGCAGCACGGACCCAUCGAUUACUUCCGCAUCAUAUGCCAGAACGUGGACGAUGCCGCCGACCAGACCAGCCACGAGUUUCCGGCAAACGCCACCACCGGAAGGAUCUCGGACCUUGUGCCGGGAAACCGAUACAUGUUCCGGAUUCAGGCGAAAUCCGCUCUGGGCUUCGGGGCCGAAAAGGAGUUCGUCCAGAGGAUGCCCAUCCUGGCGCCACCGAUACCAGAGCCCACCAUCACGCCCCUGGAAGUGGGGCGGACGAGCAGCACCAUCGAGAUCAGCUUCCGGCAGAACUACUUCUCCAAUGCCCACGGCAUGGUGCGAUUCUACACGAUCAUCGUGGCGGAGGACGUGGGCAAGAAUGCCUCGGGCCUGGAGAUGCCCAGCUGGCAGGAUGUGCAGUCCUACACCGUGUGGCUGCCGUACCAGGCUAUCGAGCCCUACAACCCCUUCCUUGCCGGCAACAGCAGCGCCAGGACGAUCAGUCCCGAGGCGGAAAGGUUCACAAUCGGAGCGGCCAACUGCGAGAAGCACCAGACAGGCUACUGCAACGGCCCGCUGAGAGCCGGCACCACCUACCGGAUCAAGGUGCGAGCCUUCACCGACGAGGACAAGUUCACGGACACGGCGUACAGCGAACCCAUAGCCACGGAGCGUAGCGACACCCUUAUAGUGGCCCUCACCACCGUCGCCGUCCUUCUGGUGGCUGUCGUCCUCGUGGCCUUCUACUGCCAGCACCGCUGCCAGCUGAUCCGGCGGGCCUCCAAGCUGGCCCGGAUGCAGGACGAGCUGGCCGCCCUGCCCGAGGGCUACGUCACCCCGAAUCGUCCCGUCCACGUCAAGGACUUCGCGGAGCACUACCGCAUCAUGUCCGCCGACUCGGACUUUCGGUUCAGCGAGGAGUUCGAGGAACUGAAGCACGUGGGCCGGGAUCAGGCCUGCAGCUUCGCCAAUCUGCCCUGCAACCGUCCCAAGAACCGAUUCACCAACAUCCUGCCCUUCGACCAUUCCCGCUUCAAGCUCCAGCCGGUGGACGACGACGAUGGCUCCGACUACAUCAACGCCAACUACAUGCCCGGCCACAAUUCGCCGCGCGAGUUCAUCGUCACCCAGGGACCGUUGCACUCCACCCGCGAGGAAUUCUGGCGGAUGUGCUGGGAGAGCAACUCCCGGGCCAUCGUCAUGCUCACCCGCUGCUUCGAGAAGGGGCGGGAGAAGUGCGACCAGUACUGGCCCGUGGAUCGGGUGGCCAUGUUCUAUGGCGACAUCAAGGUCCAGCUGAUCAUCGACACCCAUUUCCAUGACUGGAGCAUAUCGGAGUUUAUGGUUUCAAGAAAUUGCGAAUCACGAAUAAUGCGACACUUUCACUUUACGACAUGGCCGGACUUUGGAGUUCCAGAGCCGCCGCAAUCUCUGGUGAGAUUCGUGCGCGCCUUCCGGGAUGUCAUCGGCACGGACAUGCGUCCGAUCAUCGUCCACUGCAGUGCCGGGGUGGGGAGAUCGGGCACCUUCAUCGCUCUGGACCGGAUACUGCAGCACAUUCAUAAGUCCGACUAUGUGGACAUAUUUGGAAUUGUGUUUGCCAUGCGGAAAGAGCGCGUUUUUAUGGUGCAAACGGAGCAGCAAUAUGUCUGCAUCCAUCAGUGCCUGCUGGCCGUUCUGGAGGGCAAGGAGCACCUCCUGGCCGAUUCCCUGGAGCUUCAUGCCAACGAUGGCUACGAAGUGACUAAAAUUUACUUAGAGCGUCCACAACAACCACAAACGAAAAUGGGAACCCUCCCUAUACGAGCUUCUCUGGCCAAGGCCGAGGAACUGGACCAGGAUCUGCUGGAUCGUGUCAGCGAUAAAGAUACUGCCUCGGAGGAGCUACCAAAGGAGCAGAAAAUUAACAAAAAUCAGGAGAACCAAGAGGCUGAUCAGAAUAAGAAAGAGGAUGAUGAUGACGAGGACGACGAUGACGAGGAUGAGGACGAGGAUGAUGAUCUGCAGCCAUUGAAUAAUGAAACGACGGCCACUCUGUCAUCCGCCAGCUGUAGUAUCACUAGCCAGGAGCAUGUCGAUCAGCUGCAGUCAAGCAAAGAGCACAGUCCCGAGCUGAAGGAUAAGCUUGGAGGUGCCCAGUGCCAUCUGGACACUGAAUCCGAUGAGGAUGAUGACUUUAAUGAUGUCAGGGAUGGGGCUGUGGCCGCUGAGGAGGAGCCGGAGGAUGGCUGGUGGUAUUGAUAGAAAAAAAAAACACAAAAACAAUAGCGCUUUCCUAGAUGACGAAGGCAUAGCUGAGACGGGAAUCUAAAGAAGAAUCUGAUGAGAUCCGGCUAUACAUAUAUAUAUAUAUAUAUAUAGUACCUAUAGUUAUUAUUAUUAUUAUUAUUUUUUUUUUAAUUAUUCAUACAAUUAUUAUUACAACAUAUAUUGUACGUAAAAAUCUGCCUGUGAUGUGCUGGAUGUGAUUUGUCUACAACAACGGCAUUCGGAGUGUGUUUUUGCAGUCAACAGAGUGGGCGUGGCUGCCCCCCCACAUAGCAAAAUUGAAUGUUUUUUUUUUUUAAUAUACAUACAUUACAUAUAUAUUGGCCUGGCCUGUGCCAUUAUUUUUUGUACCGCUUGUUUGCCAUAGAAGAGCUAGCUAGCCUGCUUCUUAUUUAUGUAAUUUGUAGUGCCGCCAAAUUAGACCAAACCAACAAGAGCGUUAGCUUAAGCUUCAGGUUCUCCCUUUAUAUAUAUCCUUUGUGUAUCCUAUAUCCUUUCCUAUCCCUCUAUAUAUAUGUUUGCUCUAUUCGUGUGUAUAGUAGUGCCUUUUUUUGUAAAUUUGUUUCGAAUUAGUUGCGUGAAAGUCGAUCGAUAUUAUGAUUAUGAUAACUAUUAUUUUAUAAAGAUUGUGUAUUAUGUUUAUUAUUAUUAUUAUUUAGAUUUUAGCUAUGUUUUAGUUGUUAGACUUUAGGCCCUGAAUUAGUCAGCAAAAAAAUAUUUACUGUGACUGCGUUUUUAAGGUUUUCCAUUUGUUGUCUGGUCGCUGCCUCGAAUUAUUUAUACAAUUUCCAAUAUUGUAUUCAUCCUUCCGUCUGGCCAGGCAGCCAACUGCAAUUUAAACACAGCGUAGGUAGAGUAUUUAGCAUUUAUUUUUAAUUGUAUUUAAUUAUAUUAUCUAUUAUUUUAUUGUAUUUUAUUUUUUUAAUAAUGUGCAUGUACACAAAAUCAAUAAAUAUACCUAUUGUAUGACGAGUAUGAAACGGAA